AUGCGUUCUUUGCAGGUGGAAAUUUUGGUGAAUGUUCAAUUUACAGGGGAGACUCUGCCGAAAUUUUGGCAGAAAGUCUCGUGCCCUAAAUCCUCUCUGGUAAAAGAGGACAUAGUUUUAAGGAGUGAACCCGGCGUGGGUGUGAUGCCGGGGUCUCCGCAGGGUUCGUCUCGGGUUUCGGGAAAUUCGGGGCGGGUCCUGUCAGCUUGGUAUCAGAGCCUAGUUUCAAUUUCUUGUGGACCCCGCACCUUGUGUGCAUCCUUAAGUUGUGGGAUCAUGAUGGGUUCCGUCACGGGACGUCAUCAUUUUGACGCGAAGGAUUCUUUGACAUAG